GGGAGGCUAGCAGCAUUGUGCGACUCAAGCAGGGACAACCGGGCUCAAUUCGCCGCGUCUUCACCCGGCUGGUCUUUUUGGAUCACUGCAAUGGCGGAACAGCAGCAGUUCUUCCUCUUGCUGGGGAACCUGAUCAACCCUGACAACGAUGUCAGGAAACAAUCAGAGGAGACCUAUGACACCAUCCCUGGUCAGACAAAAAUCACCUUCCUGCUCCAGGCUGUCAGGGAGCCAUCUGCUGCCGAGGAGGUUAGGCAGAUGGCAGCAGUGCUUCUACGGCGGCUCCUGUCCUCCUCCUUUGAAGAGAUCUACCCAGGUCUGACACUGGAGAUGCAGACGGCCAUCAAAACAGAGCUUCUGGCCAGCAUCCAACAAGAGACUUCGCCAAACAUCCGCAAGAAAGUCUGUGACAUUGCGGCUGAGCUUUCCCGUAACCUUAUCGAUGACGAUGGCAAUAACCAGUGGCCAGAGGCACUCAAGUUUCUGUUUGACUCUGUCAACUCUGACAAUGUUGGCCUGCGAGAAGCUGCGUUGCACAUCUUCUGGAACUUCCCAGGGAUCUUCGGUAACCAGCAGCAGCAUUACAUGGAGGUUAUCAAACGUAUGCUUGUUCAGUGCAUGCAGGACCAAGCAAACCCACAGAUCCGCACACUGGCAGCCCGGGCUGCUGCCUCCUUUGUUCUGUCCAAUGAAAGCAACACAGCCCUACUGAAGCAUUUUGCUGACCUACUGCCAGGCAUCCUGCAGGCAGUGAAUGAGUCCUGCUACCAAGGAGACGACUCUGUCCUCAAAUCUUUGGUUGAAAUUGCAGACACGGCACCUAAAUAUCUGAGACCUCACUUGGAGGCCACACUGCUGCUCAGCCUGAAGCUUUGUGCAGAUACCAACUUGACCAAUAUGCAGAGACAAUUGGCACUGGAGGUCAUUGUCACUUUAUCAGAGACGGCAGCGGCCAUGCUGAGGAAACAUACUACACUUGUAGCUCAGAGUGUGCCCCAGAUGCUGGCUAUGAUGGUGGACUUGGAGGAUGAUGAGGAUUGGGCCAUGGCUGAUGAGCUGGAAGAUGAUGACUUUGACAGUAACGCUGUAGCUGGAGAAAGUGCCCUGGACAGAAUUGCCUGCGGUCUGGGAGAUAAGAUAAUUUUGCCCCUGAUCAAGCAGCACAUCAUGCAGAUGCUGCACCACUCUGACUGGAAGUACCGCCAUGCUGGACUGAUGGCACUGUCUGCCAUCGGGGAGGGCUGCCACCAACAGAUGGAGGCGACUCUUAAUGACAUUGUUGAACUGGUACUAAUGUUCUGUGCGGACUUGCAUCCCAGGGUGCGGUAUGCUGCCUGCAACGCUAUUGGACAGAUGGCCACAGACUUUGCACCAACCUUCCAAAAGAAGUUCCAUGGAAAGGUGAUAUCAGCACUGCUUCAGACUAUGGAUGACCACAGUAACCCCCGAGUGCAGGCACACGCAGCUGCAGCCCUCAUCAAUUUCACGGAAGACUGCCCCAAGUCUUUGCUUAUCCCUUAUCUUGACAACUUGGUUCAGCACCUCCACGUCAUCAUGGUGGCCAAGCUGCAAGAGUUGAUCCAAAAGGGCACCAAGCUGGUCCUGGAACAGGUGGUGACCUCUAUUGCGUCCGUGGCCGACACAGCAGAGGAGAAGUUUGUACCAUAUUAUGACUUGUUCAUGCCCUCGCUCAAACACAUUGUGGAGAAUGCCGUGCAGAAGGAGCUGCGGCUCUUACGGGGCAAGACCAUUGAGUGCAUCAGCCUCAUUGGCCUAGCUGUCGGCAAGGAGAAGUUUAUGCCAGAUGCCUCUGCUGUCAUGCAGCUGCUCCUUAAAACCCAGACCAACUUUGAUGACCUGGAUGAUGAUGAUCCACAGAUCUCCUACAUGAUCUCAGCCUGGGCCAGGAUGUGCAAGAUCCUGGGGAAGGAGUUUCAGCAGUAUCUACCAGUGGUCAUGGGCCCAUUAAUGAAGACUGCCUCCAUCAAACCUGAGGUGGCCCUCCUUGACACCCAGGAUAUGGAGAACAUAUCUGAGGAUGAUGGCUGGGAGUUUGUCAACCUUGGAGAUCAGCAGAGCUUUGGCAUCAAGACCGCUGGCUUGGAGGAGAAGUCCACUGCCUGUCAGAUGCUGGUGUGUUACGCCAAAGAGCUGAAAGAGGGUUUUGUAGAGUACACUGAGCAAGUGGUGAAGCUGAUGGUUCCUUUGCUGAAGUUCUACUUCCACGAUGGUGUGCGGGUGGCGGCAGCGGAGUCCAUGCCAUUGCUGCUGGAGUGUGCACAGGUUCGAGGGCCAGAGUACCUCACCAACAUGUGGCUUUUUAUGUGCGACGCCCUCAUCAAGGCCAUCGGUACAGAGCCAGACCUGGACGUCCGGUCGGAGAUCAUGCAUUCUUUUGCCAAGUGUAUUGAGUUGAUGGGAGACGGCUGCCUGAACAACGAGCAUUUUGAGGAGCUAGGUGGCAUUUUGAAAGGGAAGCUGGAGGAACAUUUUAAGAACCAGGAGCUGAGGCAGGUUAAGAGACAGGAUGAAGACUAUGAUGAGCAGGUGGAGGAAACCUUGCAAGAUGAGGAUGAGAACGACGUGUACAUACUGACCAAAGUGUCGGACAUAUUGCACUCGGUUUUCAGUAGCUACAAAGAGAAGGUGCUGCCUUGGUUUGAACAGCUGCUGCAGCUCAUUGUCCAGUUAAUAUGUCCAAACAGGCCGUGGGCUGACCGACAGUGGGGGUUGUGUAUUUUUGAUGACGUGGUGGAGCACUGCAGCCCGUCUUCCUUCAAAUACGCAGAGUAUUUUCUGCGGCCAAUGUUGCAGUCUCUGUGCGACUCCAGCCCUGAGGUUCGGCAAGCGGCCGCCUACGGUGUUGGCGUCAUGGCACAAUAUGGAGGAGAGAACUACCGUCCGUUUUGCACAGAGGCAAUCCCCAUGCUGGUACGAGUUAUCCAAGCGGCCGACUCGCGCGCCAAGGAGAAUGUCAACGCCACGGAAAACUGCAUCUCUGCUGUUGGCAAGGUCAUGAGGUUCCGGCCCGAGUGUGCAAACGUGAAUGAAAUCCUCCCCCACUGGAUCACCUGGCUGCCUCUCAAUGAAGAUAAAGAGGAGGCCGUCCACACGUUUGACUUCCUGUGUGACCUCAUCGAAAGCAACAAUCCCAUCGUCCUUGGACCAGAAAACUCCAACCUGCCCCGACUCUUUGGCAUCAUUGCAGAUGGAGUCGCAAACGAAUCGGUGAAGCACGAAGACGCUUGCAGCAAACGUCUGGCAAAUGUUAUCCGUCAAGUGCAGGUGUCGGGAGGUUUGUGGUCACAGUGCACAUCAACACUGAACGAGAUUCAGCAGAAAGCCAUACAGGAUCUACUGAACACCGCCUGAAACUCCUGGUCCCACCCCCACUCUUAAGAAAGCCCCUGAAGAAAAGUUGACACUCCUCCUGAUCUGCAGAGUGCGUAUGGACACUGGCUCCACACCCCCUACAAUCCCUCCGGCCUAUUGUACAGCCCGCAAUCAACAGACUGGAGGGAGCAACCAUGGAGGAGACCCUGACAUCGAUGUCUAACCCAGUCUCAUGUCCUUUUAGCUAGAUGUUUCUCACCAUUGCCUCCUUGUGACUUGUCUGGCAAGAGACACGCCCAACACAAACUCACCAAUUGGGAUCCGAUGGGGGUGAUAUUUUGGGGGGAGGGUAGGACGAGAAAGGACGUUGUAUUGGACUGCACAGUUGAAUGAGGUGAAGAUGCACACUGGGCAAACACUGCCUGUCUCCUGUGAAUUUUUUUUUCUUUUUUGUUACCAGGAAGGGGGAGAUGGUCUCUGUCAGAGGCGAUGUUUGCAAAGUAACGGCAUGUUUAAGUGGCUAACUAGUGAACAUAGUGAAUUUACUUCAUCUGGGAGAUUGAAUGGUGACUUUUAAGCAGCUUUUUUCCAUAGCCUUCCACAUUGAUCAUCAGAGGAAAUGAUCUUGUCUCAGCCUGUAAGGCUCACUUUUAGGUAGCAGUGGCUUGGGGCAGGAAAACAAAGAACAUUGCAGGAUAAAGACUUGUAGAGUAUCUGUGUGUGCAACCAUACUCUUCUAUAUGGUGUAACCCUGACUGCCCAGCAGGUAUGUGAUGGGAUUUCACAAGCUACAAACAAUAAAAGUGGAAAAUUCAUCUA